CAAAUAAAGUUUAAAUUUCAAUGUCAGAUGAUGAUAGUGUAUAUUUGUCAAAUAAUGAACAAUCGUCUCAAAAUUAUGUCUAAAUAAAAAAAAAAUCAUACUUAAAAUUAUAAGACUUAAUCUAACCUCAAGAAAAGGUUUAAAGAUUAAAAAGAAAUUACAAAUCAAAACUCUGGAAUGAGAAAAAUGUAGAAAUAUUAUAUAGACUUAAUGCUGUUUUCUCUGGAAGUAUUGAUAUGAUAUUUAAUUAUUUUAAAAAACAUGUCAAUGAAAAGAUUACUCUUAAAAAAAUCAAAUAAAAGUUCAAGUAGGAAUUAAAAAAUAACCCUGAAAAAUUAUUUGAUAAAUGUUAUAAGCCUAAAUUAAAAGAAAAACAUUAAAAAAAAUUAGAAUUAGUUGCUUAAAUGUAAUCCUUACAUUUGGUAGCUCGAUGGAGUCAAGUUUCUGAAAUUGAUAACAAUUAAAUUAUAGGCAGUAAUGAAGAGGAUACAGAAAUCUAAAUAAACAUAUUAAAUGAAAUAAAUGGUCUCAUUUAAGCUAAUAGAUUAUAAUAAAAAGAUAUAAGAAAUUAGCAAUAACUAAAAUGA